CGGGGAGGCCCCUCACAUUUUCGUUGAUGAACAAGUGGCAUGUUGAGGCAUCCAAGUCCUCUUUACAGUCUGUGGCUCUUGUGUGACCUAGUUCAGCGAGUCCUGCCCGCUCCGAAGUCACAAAGCAAUAGUCUGAGUUUUGUUCAAGAAGCUGAGUUGCGUUACCCACACACAGAGGGCUGUGUCCACCUCACAUUAAUUUUUGUCUUUGUGUGCACAGAAGCUUUUGACUCCCAUGCAGAGAGGCUUGCCACUUCCCUGUCAGAGUUUGCACCUUUUGAGUCCUGUUGAAAUCUCUCCCCACUGUCAGGUCAUGCAGAUGGCAGGUGCCUGCACUUUCUUUAAACUCCCACCCAGCUCACCUGCCCAGAGAAGCUAAUCCUGUGACUCUGAUCUGGCCCCAGAGCUCUGCCCACCACAGCCCCCCCAGGACACUUCCACACCCCAAGAGAACCCCCAGCCCCACCAGCAAUCUGCCUCCCGGCACUCGGCAGCCACCAGUGUGCUCUGGUCUCGAGGGAUCUGCUUGUUCUCUUGGGACAUUUGCAUCCUGGACUCACAGUCUGGGCCACUUGGACAAUUUUCUUUCCCUCUUAGCAUUGCGUUUGCAACGUCCCAUGUGGCCGCGUGGGUCAGGGCGUCUUUCCUUUAUGGCUGAGCGAUGCUCCCUUGGGUGUCUAGACCGUUUCGACUCACCCGUUCAUGGGUCGAUGGGUGUUUGUGUUGUUCCACCCCGGGGCUGUUUGGAAUAGUACUGAUGUGGACCCCGACAUGCGGCUUUUCACAUGGACCUAGAUUUUUAUUUCUCUUGGGGAGGCGCCUCAGUUCUUAACCACACACGGUAUAAGAUUUGGUGGUAACACGUCUGUGAAGCCCUGGGCCCUGGGGAGUGCUCACACAGGGGCAGCAGCUACAGGUUGUGCUGCACAGCAGGGGACACCCCACCAUAGCUGUUGCAAUUGUGAGGAGCGGAUUGUAAAGCUCUUGUUCUCCCCACCCCAGUCUUGGGUCGCCGCAUACACAUCUGCCCCCAUUGUGAAGGCACAGAAAUGCGUGGAUGUGACCUCCACACUCUUUUCAGGUUGUGGUGCUGCCAAUGACCCUGUGAGUGCCGGGUACGGACCGCUGCCCCCCGGGACCCUGUCCUGGAGUGGCCUUCCUACCUGCCCAGCAUGGCGUCCGACACUCCCGAGUCGCUGAUGUCGCUCUGCACCGACUUCUGUCUGCGCAACCUGGACGGCACCCUGGGCUACCUGCUGGACAAGGAGACCCGGCGGCUGCACCCAGACAUCUUCCUGCCCAGCGAGAUCUGUGACCGGCUGGUCAAUGAGUACGUGGAGCUGGUCAAUGCGGCCUGCAACUUUGAGCCUCACGAGAGCUUCUUCAGCCUCUUCUCAGACCCCCGCAGCACCCGCCUCACCCGCAUCCACCUCCGUGAGGACCUGGUGCAGGACCAGGACCUGGAAGCCAUCCGCAAGCAGGACCUGGUGGAGCUGUACCUGACCAACUGCGAGAAGCUGUCGGCCAAGAGCCUGCAGACGCUGCGGAGCUUCAGCCACACCCUGGUGUCCCUGAGCCUCUUCGGCUGCGCAAACAUUUUCUACGAGGAGGAGAACCCGGGGGGCUGUGAAGACGAGUGCCUCGUCAACCCCACCUGCCAGGUGCUGGUCAAGGACUUCACCUUUGAAGGCUUUAGCCGCCUGCGCUUCCUCAACUUGGGCCGCAUGAUCGACGGGGUCCCUGUGGAGUCCCUGCUACGGCCGCUCAGCUCGCUGGCUGCCUUGGACCUUUCAGGCAUUCAGACAAGUGACGCAGCCUUCCUGACCCAGUGGAAGGACAGUCUGGUGUCCCUUGUGCUCUACAACAUGGACCUGUCGGAUGACCACAUCCGCGUCAUCGUCCAGCUGCACAAGCUGCGACACCUGGACAUCUCCCGAGACCGCCUGUCUAGCUACUACAAGUUCAAGUUGACUCGCAAGGUGCUGAGCCUCUUUGUGCAGAAGCUGGGGAACCUGAUGUCUCUGGACAUCUCUGGACACACGAUUCUGGAGAACUGCAGCAUCUCCAAGAUGGACGAGGAAGCGGGGCAGACCAGCAUUGAACCGUCUAAGAGCAGCAUCAUGCCUUUCCGGGCUCUGAAGAGGCCCCUGCAGUUCCUUGGACUCUUUGAGACCUCCCUGUGCCGCCUCACUCACAUUCCGGCCUACAAAGUAAGUGGUGACAAAAACGAGGAGCAGGUGCUGAACGCCAUCGAGGCCUACACAGAGCAUCGGCCCGAGAUCACCUCAAGGGCCAUCAACCUGCUUUUUGACAUCGCACGCAUCGAGCGCUGCAACCAGCUCCUGCGGGCCCUGAAGCUGGUCAUCACGGCCCUCAAGUGCCACAAGUAUGACAAGAACAUUCAGGUGACAGGCAGCGCUGCCCUCUUCUACCUGACCAAUUCCGAGUACCGUUCUGAGCAGAGCGUCAAGCUGCGCCGGCAGGUCAUCCAGGUGGUGCUGAAUGGCAUGGAGUCCUACCAGGAGGUGACGGUCCAGCGGAACUGCUGCCUCACCCUCUGCAACUUCAGCAUCCCCGAGGAGCUGGAGUUUCAGUACCGCCGGGUCAACGAGCUCCUGCUCAGCAUCCUCAACCCCACGCGACAGGAUGAGUCAAUCCAGCGCAUCGCUGUGCACUUGUGCAAUGCCCUGGUCUGCCAGGUGGACAAUGAUCACAAGGAGGCCGUGGGCAAGAUGGGCUUUGUUGUGACCAUGCUGAAGCUGAUUCAAAAGAAGCUGCUGGACAAAAUAUGUGACCAGGUGAUGGAGUUCUCCUGGAGCGCCCUGUGGAACAUCACAGACGAGACGCCCGACAACUGCGAGAUGUUUCUCAACUUCAAUGGCAUGAAGCUAUUCCUGGACUGCCUGAAGGAAUUUCCAGAGAAACAGGAACUGCAUCGGAAUAUGCUGGGACUCUUGGGAAACGUGGCAGAGGUGAAGGAGCUCCGGCCCCAGCUAAUGACGUCACAAUUCAUCAGUGUCUUCAGCAACCUGCUGGAGAGCAAGGCGGACGGCAUCGAGGUUUCCUACAACGCCUGCGGUGUCCUCUCCCACAUCAUGUUUGACGGGCCUGAAGCUUGGGGCAUCUGUGAACCCCAGCGGGAGGAGGUGGAGGAGCGCAUGUGGGCCGCCAUCCAGAGCUGGGAUAUCAACUCACGGAGAAAUAUCAAUUACAGGUCGUUUGAGCCAAUCCUCCGCCUCCUUCCCCAGGGCAUCUCUCCUGUCAGCCAGCAUUGGGCCACCUGGGCUCUGUACAACCUUGUGUCUGUCUACUCUGACAAGUACUGCCCCCUGCUGAUCAAGGAGGGAGGGAUGCCCCUUCUGCGGGACGUGAUCACGAUGGCCACUGCACGGCCGGAGACCAAGGAAAUGGCCCGCAAGGUGAUCGAGCACUGCAGCAACUUUAAAGAGGAGAACAUGGACAUGUCCAGAUAGAGGCCCGCGCCAGGCUACCGCCACUCUAGACCUCGAGGCCAGGGAAGCGCUCGCAAGCAGCCCAGCUGGCAGACCCCAGCGGGGGCUCCCACAGGAUGAAGGGACACGGGGACUUUUGCACAAGCGAAGCUUUUCCUUAACGUUAGUGAGAUAUAUAUAUAUUAUAUAUAUAUAUAUACAUAUAUAUUAUUUUUUUUUUUUUGGUUAGGAAGUGUGAAGUUUUGUGUGUAUGAUUUCCGUACAAAAACAAAAGAAACACUCCCUGAGUCCUUGCAGCUUUCUUGGCCAUUCUCAAGCCCCAUCUCAGAGCCGUCAUCGCUGCCACACUCACUCCUUCCCCGCCAGGUGAAAUGCCUCUCACGUGAGUGUCCGGUCCUAGCCCAGCAGCCUCAGACCCUGGCCUCGCUUCCUUUAAGAGAGGUCGCAGGCUGUUAGUAACCCCCCAGCGCCCUAACCCACUUCCCCACCCCCGCCAAAGCCUGGGGACCCCAUCUGGGUUCCUGUGUGCGGCUGAUGGCAUUUGGGGAUUAAAACUAACCCCACUGGCUGUUCAGAAUGCCUUGGUGCUUCCGGCUGUGGGUCCUCUGGGGCAAGGAAAAGAGCCAAGCCUCCAUCUAGGCGGCCUCAGCCCCAGAGGACCCCCAAGGAGCAGGGUUCACUGCGCCCUGUGGCUCUCGGGCCAGGCCCGCCUGAGGCCAUGCUGCUAUGGAGGCUGCCGCCUAGUCUCCCCAGGUCCCAGGCUGUGGAAGGCCCAGCCCAGGGCUGGUCAGAACUUGGGCAGAUUCCACUGCCCUUUCUGCCAAACAUAUCCAUAAGCUGCCCCCAGCCCAGAAGCUAGCACUUCCGGGAUCAGGGCCUGCUCUCUUCCUCCCCAGCCCUUCAUCUUCCCGCAGCACCCACGGUGCCCAGGCACCCCACCAGCAGAACUGAGCCUGCCUCAUUCACCCUGCCUGCCCUGCUGCCCAGAGGACCCCCACACCUCUCCCAGGCAGGAGGUCCCUACUCCAGCCUUCCCCGGGGCAACAGGCAGAUACUUCCAGACCAGCAGCCCCACAGCCCCACAGCCCCUCCCGAGGCCCUCCUGCCCUGCCCCGCGGCUUUCCCUUGGAAACCUGUGCUGUGUUCAGAGAAGUGAGACGUAACUAUAUCUGGAACUCUCCUGUGGCCUCCCUUGAUGUAACUCUGAAUUGCUCCUCCCUCCUGGGGCAGGGGUGAGGAGGCCCCUCCGGAACAAGGCCUGGGGAGCAGAGCCGACUGCAGGCAACUCUGGGGGAUGACUUUUUCUUCCUCUUUCCCUGGGCCUGUUUUGGGGUUCUCCUAGCAUUUCUUCCCCCAGGCAAAACAGGUUGGGGGAACAGGCAGGGGAGAGGCGCUCGGCUUUUCUCCUACGGGUGUCUUCCCUACAAGCCCCAGGAGGGGCAGUCGCCCUGUGCUCCCCCCGCAUGGUGGUGGGCCGCCUUUGCCCCCCUUACCUGCUCACAAGGCUGAGCCAGACCCCAGGCAGAGCUCACAUCACAUCGCUUUACCGCCGGGGGCCGGGGGAAAUGUCUGUACUUGGCGAUGUCACAGAAAUACAUUUUUGUGCAAAGUGAACAAGAGUGUGGUGUCUUUU